CUGACGGGGCCGCCAUCUUGCCCAGAGCCCCGCCGGACGGAGGUGCGCCGCCGGGAGCGCGAGGAGCCGUCGCCGCGUCUCGCCUUGCUCCCUCCCUACCCCCUUAUCCGCUCUCCCCUCCCCCAGCCGCACGCACGGAGCCGUCAGCGCAGAGCACUCCAGUCGCCCGUGCCGGCCCCUCCGCUGCCACCUUGCUUCCUUUUUGCCUGCCCCCGCGCGCAGCGGCUGCUGCCGCCCAACCGAGCCCCGGACCCUAGAGAGAGGCGCAGGGUGCUUGUGCGCCCCCUCCCCCGCGUGCGGCCGAUCCCCGGACGGGGCGGAGCGGAGCGCGCAGGCCCCAGCCAAGCCCCAGUCGGAGACGAAGCCCAGGGCCGCCGGGCAGAAGCUGGUGACGCAGGAAAAACGCCCCGGCGGUGCCGUCGGCGCCGGAGAAAGCGGAGCGGCCAGGGCCAGGAUCCUGAAGCGCGGGUAGCGGCGGCAGUUUCGCCCUCCCUCUUCCCGUCGCAGUGUACGGCGCCCGCCCGGGGGGAACCGGGAACUGAAGCGGAGCCGCCCCCUCAGUCAGCCGGCUGCACGCUCGGGAUCCCGGGGCCUGGCAUGAGACUCUGCCCUGCUGGCUAUUUGGGAUGAGGCAGUCCUCGGCCGCGCUUCUUCGGCAGCAGCUAGGAAGGCAACGGGCCGUCGCAGCAGCAGCCGCGGGACAAGGGGAAGCCGUGCGGGGGUUAUGCAAUGGUCUCUGCAAGAUGGCGUGUUCUUGAGUUGGAGCUUUUUAAGACAAGCAUAUGCUGGUACCUCAGCUUUACUAAGUGGACUAUAAUUUCUUCUCUCACAACAACUACAUAAGCAGACAAAAUUGCAAAGAUCUGCCCUGUGUCGAGUAUGACAGCCACGACUCGUGGCUCUCCGGUAGGAGGGAAUGAUAGCCAGGGCCAGGCUCCUGAUGGACAGUCCCAGCCUCCCCUCCAGCAGAAUCAGACUUCUUCACCUGAUUCUUCCAAUGAGAACUCUCCAGCUACCCCGCCUGAUGAGCAGGGCCAAGGAGAUGCUCCACCCCAGCUCGAAGAUGAGGAGCCUGCAUUUCCACACACAGACCUGGCAAAGUUGGAUGACAUGAUCAACAGGCCUCGAUGGGUUGUUCCAGUAUUGCCGAAAGGGGAAUUAGAAGUUCUUCUAGAAGCUGCUAUUGACCUGAGUAAAAAAGGCCUUGAUGUCAAAAGUGAAGCAUGCCAGCGAUUUUUUCGAGAUGGGUUAACAAUAUCUUUCACAAAAAUCCUUACAGAUGAAGCAGUGAGUGGCUGGAAGUUUGAGAUUCAUAGAUGUAUUAUAAACAACACCCAUCGACUAGUGGAACUCUGUGUGGCCAAGCUGUCCCAAGAUUGGUUUCCCCUUCUUGAACUUCUUGCCAUGGCCUUAAAUCCUCAUUGCAAAUUCCAUCUAUACAAUGGUACUCGGCCCUCAGAAACAGUUCCUGCAGGAGUCCAGCUUGCUGAGGAUGAACUUUAUGCCCGUCCUCCUGACCCACGAUCACCAAAGGGUUGGCUAGUAGAUCUCAUCAACAAAUUCGGCACAUUAAAUGGAUUUCAGAUCUUGCAUGAUCGCUUCAUGAGUGGAUCAGCAUUGAAUGUUCAGAUAAUUGCAGCUCUUAUUAAGCCAUUUGGACAAUGUUACGAAUUUCUAACAUUACAUACAGUGAAGAAAUAUUUCCUUCCAAUUAUAGAAAUGGUUCCACAAUUUUUAGAAAAUUUAACUGAUGAUGAACUGAAAAAAGAAGCAAAGAACGAAGCCAAAAAUGAUGCUCUGUCAAUGAUAAUCAAAUCUUUGAAGAACUUAGCUUCAAGAGUUCCAGGACAAGAAGAAACUGUAAAAAACUUAGAAAUAUUUAGGUUAAAAAUGAUACUUAGGUUGUUACAAAUUUCUUCUUUCAAUGGUAAAAUGAAUGCACUAAAUGAAGUAAACAAAGUAAUAUCCAGUGUGUCAUAUUAUACUCAUCGUCAUGGUAAUCCUGAAGAGGAGGAAUGGCUUACAGCUGAAAGAAUGGCAGAAUGGAUCCAGCAGAAUAAUAUUUUAUCAAUUGUACUGAGAGACAGUCUUCAUCAACCUCAAUACGUAGAGAAGUUAGAGAAGAUUCUUCGUUUUGUCAUCAAAGAGAAAGCCCUCACUUUGCAGGAUCUUGACAACAUUUGGGCUGCACAGGCAGGAAAACAUGAAGCCAUCGUGAAAAAUGUACAUGAUCUCCUUGCAAAAUUAGCUUGGGAUUUCUCACCUGAACAGCUUGAUCACCUCUUUGAUUGUUUUAAGGCAAGUUGGACAAAUGCGAGCAAGAAACAGCGUGAGAAACUGCUUGAGUUAAUUCGUCGUCUUGCAGAGGAUGACAAGGAUGGUGUAAUGGCACACAAAGUGCUGAACCUUUUGUGGAAUUUGGCUCAUAGUGAUGACGUACCAGUUGAUAUCAUGGACCAGGCUCUUAGUGCUCAUAUUAAAAUCUUAGAUUACAGCUGUUCACAGGAUCGAGAUACACAAAAGAUCCAGUGGAUAGAUCGUUUUAUAGAAGAGCUUCGCACAAAUGACAAAUGGGUCAUUCCUGCUCUGAAACAAAUUAGAGAAAUUUGCAGCUUGUUUGGUGAGGCACCACAAAACUUAAGUCAAACUCAGCGAAGUCCCCAUGUGUUUUACCGACAUGACUUAAUCAAUCAGCUUCAGCACAAUCAUGCCCUAGUUACAUUGGUUGCAGAAAAUCUCUCUGCCUAUAUGGAAAGCAUGAGGCAGUAUGCUAAAGAGCAUGGCGAAUAUGAUCCUCAAACUGUAAGACCAGGAAGCAGAUACAGUCACGUGCAGGAAGUACAGGAGCGACUUAACUUCUUGCGAUUUUUAUUGAAGGAUGGUCAGCUGUGGCUCUGUGCCCCUCAGGCGAAGCAAAUAUGGAAGUGUUUAGCUGAAAAUGCGGUUUAUCUUUGUGAUCGCGAAGCCUGUUUUAAAUGGUAUUCCAAACUAAUGGGGGAUGAACCAGACUUAGACCCUGACAUUAAUAAGGACUUCUUUGAAAAUAAUGUACUUCAGCUGGAUCCUUCCCUAUUAACAGAAAAUGGAAUGAAAUGUUUUGAACGUUUCUUCAAAGCUGUGAACUGUCGAGAAGGAAAGCUAAUAGCAAAGAGACGAGCCUAUAUGAUGGAUGAUCUGGAAUUAAUAGGAUUAGACUACCUUUGGAGGGUUGUAAUUCAGGGAAAUGAUGACAUCGCAAACAGAGCAAUAGAUCUUCUUAAGGAGAUCUACACAAAUCUUGGCCCAAGGUUACAAGUUAAUCAGGUAGUGAUUCAUGAAGACUUCAUUCAGUCCUGUUUUGAUCGUCUAAAAGCCUCUUAUGAUACAUUAUGUGUGUUGGAUGGAGACAAAGACAGUAUCAAUUGUGCAAGACAAGAAGCAAUACGAAUGGUGAGAGUAUUGACUGUUUUAAGAGAGUAUAUAAAUGAAUGUGACAGUGACUACCAUGAAGAGAGAACUAUUCUACCUAUGUCAAGAGCUUUCCGUGGUAAACAUAUCACACUGGUAGUUCGUUUUCCCAACCAAGGCCGACAGGUGGAGGACCUGGAUAUUUGGUCACACACAAACGACACGAUUGGCCAAGUGCGGCGUUGUAUUCUCAAUCGUAUUAAAGCCAAUAGCGCGCACACAAAAGUAGAGCUGUUCAUUGGUGGCGAGCUGGUGGACCCUGCAGAUGACAGAAAGUUAAUUGGGCAGUUGAAUCUCAAAGAUAAAACGCUAAUUACGGCUAAACUUACACAGAUAAAUUCUAAUAUGCCCUCAAGUCCAGAUAGUUCUUCUGAUUCUUCAACUGGUUCUCCAGGCAACCAUGGCAAUCAUUACAGUGAUGGGCCAAAUCCAGAAGUUGAAAGCUGUUUGCCUGGAGUGAUCAUGUCACUGCAUCCUCGAUACAUCUCCUUUCUUUGGCAAGUUGCAGACUUGGGCAGUAGCCUAAAUAUGCCACCUCUUAGAGACGGAGCACGUGUUCUUAUGAAGCUCAUGCCACCAGAUAACACUACGGUUGAGAAAUUAAGAGCUAUUUGUUUAGAUCAUGCAAAACUCGGGGAAAGCAGCCUUAGUCCAUCUCUUGAUUCUCUGUUCUUUGGUCCUUCUGCCUCACAAGUGCUGUAUCUAACAGAGGUAGUUUAUGCCUUGUUAAUGCCUGCCAGUGCACCUCUGGGAGAAGAUGCCAGUGACUUUCAAUACAACUUCUUAAAAAGUGGUGGUUUGCCUCUUGUAUUGAGCAUGCUGACUAGAAAUAACUUCCUGCCAAAUGCAGAUAUGGAAACUCGAAGGGGUGCCUACCUUAAUGCUCUAAAAAUAGCCAAAUUAUUGCUAACAGCAAUUGGAUAUGGCCAUGUUCGAGCUGUGGCAGAAGCUUGUCAGCCAGUUGUGGAAGGCACAAGUUCCAUUUCACCGAUAAACCAGGCUACACAUGACCAGGCAGUGGUGCUACAAAAUGCCCUACAAAACAUUCCUAAUCCAACUUCAGAAUGCAUGCUAAGAAAUGUAGCAAUACGUCUUGCACAGCAAAUAUCUGACGAGGCUUCAAAAUACAUCCCUGAUAUCUGCGUUAUUAGGGCAGUACAGAAAAUCGUUUGGGCAUCAGGUUGUGGGUCAGUUCAGCUGGUUUUCAGCUCAAAUGAGGAAAUCAGUAAAAUCUAUGAAAAGACAAAUGCAGGAAAUGAACCAGACAUGGAAGAUGAACAAGUUUGCUGUGAAGCAUUGGAGGUGAUGACCCUGUGUUUUGCUUUGAUUCCAACAGCACUGGAUGCACUCAGUAAAGAAAAGGCAUGGCAGACAUUUAUCAUUGAUUUGCUACUGCACUGUCACAGCAAAACUGUUCGUCAGAUGGCACAGGAGCAAUUCUUUUUGAUGGCUACCAGGUGCUGCAUGGGACAGAGACCUCUUCUUUUCUUCAUUACCCUGCUGUUUACUGUUCUAGGGAGUACUGCAAGAGAGAGAGCUAAGCAUUCUGGAGACUACUUCACUCUCUUAAGGCAUCUUCUUAACUAUGCUUACAACAGUAGCAUUAAUGUUCCAAAUGCUGAAGUUCUUCUCAAUAAUGAAAUUGACUGGCUUAAGAGGAUUAGGGAUGAAGUAAAAAGAACAGGGGAAACAGGUGUUGAAGAAACUAUCUUAGAGGGUCACCUUGGAGUCACAAAAGAGUUGUUAGCAUUCCAGGCACCUGAGAAGAAAUACCAUAUUGGUUGUGAAAAAGGAGGUGCUAAUCUCAUUAAAGAGUUGAUAGAUGAUUUCAUCUUUCCAGCUUCCAAUGUUUAUCUACAAUACAUGAGAAAUGGAGAAUUGCCUGCUGAGCAGGCCAUACCAGUCUGUAGUUCACCGGCUACUAUUAAUGCUGGCUUUGAGCUUCUAGUUGCACUAGCAGUUGGAUGUGUGCGAAAUCUCAAACAGAUAGUAGACACCUUGACUGAAAUGUAUUACAUAGGUACAGCAAUCACUACUUGUGAAGCGCUUACAGAAUGGGAAUAUCUACCACCUGUUGGGCCUCGACCACCAAAGGGAUUUGUAGGACUGAAAAAUGCUGGUGCCACUUGUUACAUGAAUUCUGUCAUUCAGCAGCUGUACAUGAUUCCAGCCAUCAGGAAUGGGAUUCUUGCAAUUGAAGGCACAGGCAGUGAUGUAGAUGAUGACAUGUCUGGGGAUGAAAAGCAGGACAAUGAGAGCAACGUUGACCCACGGGACGAUGUGUUUGGUUACCCACAUCAGUAUGAAGACAAACCAGUACUGAGUAAAACAGAAGACAGAAAAGAGUACAAUAUUGGAGUUCUGAGGCACCUCCAAGUAAUUUUUGGUCAUCUAGCAGCUUCCAGGCUACAGUACUAUGUACCAAGAGGGUUUUGGAAACAAUUUAGACUUUGGGGUGAACCUGUAAAUCUACGUGAACAACACGAUGCUUUAGAAUUUUUCAAUUCCUUGGUGGACAGUUUAGAUGAAGCUUUAAAAGCUUUGGGCCAUCCAGCAAUGCUGAGUAAAGUUUUAGGAGGGUCCUUUGCUGAUCAGAAGAUUUGUCAAGGAUGCCCACAUCGGUACGAAUGCGAGGAAUCCUUCACAACUCUGAAUGUAGAUAUAAGAAAUCACCAAAACCUUUUGGAUUCUUUGGAACAGUACGUCAAGGGAGAUUUAUUGGAAGGUGCAAAUGCAUAUCAUUGUGAAAAAUGCAACAAAAAGGUUGAUACAGUGAAACGCUUGUUGAUUAAGAAGUUGCCUCCGGUUCUUGCAAUCCAGUUGAAACGAUUUGAUUAUGACUGGGAAAGGGAAUGUGCAAUCAAAUUCAAUGAUUAUUUUGAGUUUCCACGAGAGCUGGACAUGGAGCCUUACACAGUGGCAGGUGUAGCGAAAUUGGAAGGAGAUGAUGUAAACCCUGAAAAUCAGAUUAUACAAAACGAACAGUCUGAAAACGAGCACUCUGGGAGCACAAAAUACAGGCUUGUCGGUGUGCUCGUGCACAGUGGCCAGGCCAGCGGAGGACAUUAUUACUCUUACAUCAUCCAGAGGAAUGGGGGAGAUGGUGAGAAGAAUCGAUGGUAUAAAUUCGAUGAUGGUGAUGUGACUGAGUGUAAAAUGGACGAUGACGAAGAGAUGAAGAACCAGUGUUUUGGUGGAGAGUACAUGGGAGAGGUGUUUGAUCACAUGAUGAAGCGUAUGUCCUACAGACGCCAGAAGAGGUGGUGGAACGCUUACAUUCUUUUUUACGAGCGUAUGGACACGAUAGACAAAGACAAUGAACUAAUAAAAUACAUUUCAGAACUUGCCAUCACCACUAAACCCCAUCAGAUUAAAAUGCCAUCAGCCAUCGAACGAAGCGUACGGAAGCAGAACGUGCAGUUCAUGCAUAAUCGUAUGCAGUACAGCCUAGAAUAUUUCCAGUUCAUAAAGAAAUUGCUUACUUGUAAUAGUGUCUACUUAAACCCUCCUCCAGGACAAGAUCAUCUGUUGCCUGAUGCAGAAGAAAUAACGAUGAUUAGUAUUCAGCUUGCUGCUAGAUUUCUCUUCACCACAGGAUUUCAUACGAAGAAAAUAGUCCGUGGCCCUGCUAGUGAUUGGUAUGAUGCAUUAUGCAUCCUCCUUCGUCACAGCAAGAAUGUACGCUUUUGGUUUGCACACAACGUCCUUUUUAAUGUUUCAAACCGCUUCUCUGAGUACCUUUUGGAAUGCCCUAGUGCAGAAGUGAGAGGUGCAUUUGCAAAACUUAUAGUAUUUAUUGCACAUUUUUCAUUGCAAGAUGGACCGUGUCCUUCACCUUUUGCCUCUCCUGGACCUUCCAGUCAGACUUAUGAUAACUUAAGUUUAAGUGAUCACUUACUGAGAGCGGUACUAAAUCUUCUACGAAGGGAAGUAUCUGAACAUGGGCGCCAUUUGCAACAGUAUUUCAAUCUGUUUGUGAUGUAUGCCAAUCUAGGUGUAGCAGAGAAGACACAACUUCUGAAACUAAAUGUUCCUGCAACUUUCAUGCUUGUGGCUCUGGAUGAGGGUCCAGGUCCUCCAAUUAAAUAUCAGUAUGCUGAACUGGGGAAACUAUACACUGUUGUGUCACAGCUGAUCCGUUGCUGCAAUGUGUCAUCCCGGAUGCAGUCUUCUAUUAAUGGUAAUCCCCCACUUGGCAACCCUUACGGUGAUCCUAAUUUAUCUCAACCUAUAAUGGCACUUCAGCAGAACGUAGCAGACAUUUUGUUUGUGAGAACUAGUUACGUGAAGAAAAUUAUUGAAGAUUGCAGCAACUCUGAAGAGACCAUUAAGCUGCUUCGAUUCUGCUGUUGGGAGAAUCCUCAGUUUUCUUCCACUGUCCUCAGUGAACUUCUUUGGCAGGUUGCAUACUCAUAUACAUACGAGCUUCGACCUUACUUGGAUCUGCUUCUGCAAAUCCUAUUAAUUGAGGACUCUUGGCAAACUCACAGGAUUCACAAUGCACUUAAGGGAAUCCCAGAUGACAGGGAUGGACUAUUCGACACCAUUCAACGCUCUAAGAAUCAUUAUCAGAAAAGAGCUUACCAGUGUAUAAAGUGCAUGGUAGCUCUCUUCACCAACUGUGCUGUAGCCUACCAGAUUCUUCAGAGCAAUGGCGAUUUGAAAAGAAAAUGGACCUGGGCAGUAGAAUGGCUUGGAGACGAGCUCGAGCGUAGGCCAUACACUGGCAAUCCCCAGUACACCUAUAACAAUUGGUCUCCACCAAUACAAAGCAAUGAAACAUCAAACGGCUACUUCCUAGAGAGGUCGCACAGUGCUAGGGUGACUCUUGCAAAAGCCUGUGAACUCUGCCCAGAGGAGGAACCAGAUGAUCCUGAUGCCCCAGAUGAACAUGAGUCUUCUCCACCUGAAGAUGCCCCACUGUAUCCCCAUUCACCUGGUUCCCAAUAUCAACAGAAUAACCACGUGCAUGGACAGCCAUAUACAGGCCCGGCAGCACAUCAUAUGAACAACCCUCAGCGAACUGGCCAACGAGCACAAGAAAACUAUGAAGGCAGUGAAGAAGUUUCCCCGCCUCAGACGAAAGAUUAGUGAAAUGCACAUAAUCAAUUAACUUGCUCCAUCAAGACUGUGCACCCAGGCCUUACAGUCCAACCUUUCUCUGUGUCUGGCUAAUAUUUAAAACUAGAAAAAGAAAAAAAAAAAAA